GUAAAGUUCGUACUGCCCUCCCCCAUGUUCCCAAAGUAAAGAUGGCGGCGCCCAGCGUGUGAAAUGCUGGUGACGGUACUUCCGCCCCUCCUUGUUCCCUGACCUAAAAUGGCGGACGAAGCCACUCGGCGGGUGGUGUCUGAGAUCCCGGUGCUGAAAACCAACGCUGGACCUCGAGAUCGUGAGCUGUGGGUGCAGCGACUCAAGGAGGAGUACCAGUCGCUUAUCCGGUAUGUAGAGAACAACAAGAAUGCUGACAAUGACUGGUUCCGUCUGGAGUCCAACAAGGAAGGGACUCGGUGGUUUGGAAAAUGCUGGUACAUCCAUGACCUCCUCAAAUAUGAGUUUGACAUCGAGUUUGACAUUCCUAUCACAUACCCCACUACUGCUCCAGAAAUCGCAGUCCCUGAACUGGAUGGAAAAACAGCAAAAAUGUACAGGGGUGGCAAAAUAUGUCUGACUGAUCACUUCAAGCCUUUGUGGGCCAGGAACGUGCCCAAGUUUGGACUAGCACAUCUCAUGGCUCUAGGGCUGGGUCCAUGGCUGGCAGUGGAAAUCCCUGAUCUGAUACAGAAGGGCAUGGUUCAGCAUAAAGAGAAGUGCAGCCCCUGAAGGAUGAAGCCACCAGAGCAUAAUGGACGGACCUCUGACAGGCAACAAUCUUGCACAGCACAUCCAGCCGCUUUACUUCUAUUGCUCCCCCCCACCACACAUGCACACAACAUAAUUGUUACUCAGUAGCUGCAGCAAUUGUUGCUA